CGCAGCGUUCCCCCGCCGUCGGGCGGCGCAGGUGGCGGCGCAGCAGCAGGAGUCGGCCACGACGCAGAAGGCGGAGCGCGAGGUGUCGCGGAUGGUGGUGGUGAUGGUGGGCUCCUUCUGCCUGUGCUACGUGCCCUACGCCGCCCUGGCCAUGUACAUGGUCAACAACCGCGACCACGGCCUCGACCUGCGCCUCGUCACCAUCCCCGCCUUCUUCUCCAAGAGCGCCUGCGUCUACAACCCCAUCAUCUACUGCUUCAUGAACAAGCAGGUGGGCGGCGGGCAAC